UUAUGAAUACAAAUAUUCUCAAUUCUUAGACGAUAAAUUACAAAUUGAUAAUAAAACGAUAAAUUUAUUUUACCGCUGACAAGAUUAGAUCAAGAUGAUCUAAUAACAGAAUGUUGCUUGAUUUUUCACCUAAUUUUUAUUUAUUUGCUUUAUUGACUAGUUUCAGAAUUGUUUUCUAAUUUUCUAUAUUAAAUGGUUUGAUAAUUCAAUCUUGGUAAUUUCUUAUGACUUAAAAUUAAAUUUUCUUUUCCUUUAUAAUUAUAACUAAUCAUCUAGAUAAAUUUUAUCUGACAAGUUGGAUUUUAAAACUUGUAAGACUGAAAUUUAUAACGAAGUUAGUCAUAGAGCACCCGGAAAAAUAAUUGCGGAUCAAUUUGACGUCAUUCAUUUAAAUAAUCAUUAAAUUAUUAUUCUAAAUGAACUUCAAUUCUGCUCAUCUUCUCUCUUUUUCUUAAACUCAUCUUUUAUUUUAUGUUUUGUACUAUUGUUAAUAUUCUAAUUUAUAAACUCAACUACUUUUUUCCUUCUAUCAUCACAAAGCUUCGAAUUUUCAGGUUUUUUAUUUUCCCAUUUGUAUUCUUUUUUUAUUUACUUGUUACAUUUUACUAUUUUAAAAAAAGUUGUUCCUUUUUAAAAUUUACGCUUAUUUUGCAAUUUUGUAAUUGGUAUUUACAUUGUAUUUUAUCUGUAUUAUAAAUAAAAGAUUAUUUAAUUUAUAAUCAAUGUUCUAUUUAUUUAAUUUAUUUUUAUUGUUUUUCUACAUAUCUUUAGUAUUCAUUUUACUGCUUGGUGAACUUUUUGCAUUUUUUUUUGCAAUACUAUCGUAAAAAAAUAAUUGAUUGUGUAUAUUUUACAAACACUUUGCAAAUUGUUAUGCGUAACUCCGUUAAAAUUAUCCGCAAAAACGCUUAAUAGUUGCAUGAAACAAAGUUUGUUAAAACCCAUAUUAAGGCUCCUUUUAAAAUCAUUUUAAAGUAAAUUUUAUGUUUUUUUAUUUUAUUGUACCCUCUAAAUGCUUUUUGCAAAAUUAAUAAAACUGAUUCAAGUAAGGAGAAAAAAACUAAAUAAUAAAAAUAAAUACAAUAAAUCAAAUUAUAUUUAUUACAUAUUUAUGAAUGGUAUUAUUACAUAUAUUUUAUUGGUCUACAAAAAGAACUUAUACAAACACCAUUAAACUUGUAUGAACCUCAAACGACUUGGUCACCGCUGUCCAAGAAUUAAUUAUCGUCAAACAAAUAGCAAUAUUCAGUGAACGCAAACAGAGCGUUUCGCUGGCCGCAUUUAUUCCGCGUUUUCAUCGUAAAAAAAACCGCGAACUUUCUGCCGCAAUUCGCGGAAAGAGCAGAACCGCCUCUGAAGUUCGCCAAGUUCGGCGACGACCAAAAGUUCUGCAAAAAUCGCUGACAACGUGCUGCCUUCCUUUUUCUUCUUCUCAGUUUUGUCCUUUUCAGACUCUUUCUUUCUCUGCCUGCUAUUUUCUCCUCCCUCUUUUCUCUUCUCACACACACUCUCUCUCUCUCUCUCUCUCUCUCUCUCUCUCUCUCUCUCUCUCUCUCUCUCUCUCUCUUUCUCUUUCUCUCUCUCUUUCUCUCUGCUUCUCGGUUUUCAGAGCAAGAAACUCCACCAUCCGAUGCGACUCUGCAGCUGUUUGCUCACGAAAAACAAACCAAAAACUUUUCUUUCAGCAUUUGACUUAUCCUCGUUCUCCUUUCGAUUUUGCUUGGGAGAUAGAUGAGGAUUUUCAUAGGUUUAAAAUUUUCCCCUGAAAAUUUGAUUUGUGAUCUUCAAGAUCCCGUUUUAAUCGUGAAACAUGAUUUGAAAAAAUCUUAAAUUGGAUACGAAAUCAAAUUGAGAGAUUAAAUUUAUAACUUAAGGGAUGGUGUCGAGUAAUUGUGUUAUGUGGUUAUAUUUAUGGUAAACUCAAAUUGAUUAGAUUUUGAAAUUAAAUGACAUUUUAUAUAGAGAUAUAUUCCUAUAAUUAUUGUACAUAUCUAUACAUUUUAUUUAAUUAUUGUUUUAUUAUAAUUAUUAUAUUUUAACUAAUUAACAUAAUAAUAUGUCUUAUUCGUAUAUAUAUAUAAAAUAGGACAUAUUAUACAUACAGUGUGUUUUAAAAUAAUAUAAUGUAUUUAUUAUGUACAAUUUUAAGUAGCAAAUGUUAAUUUUACACGUUUUCUAAACAAUUGUGGAAUUCUAUGUUUAGAAAGCGUACAUGAAACGUAUAGACCAACACGUGCUACCUAGAAUUGUUUAUCAAUUUAUUAUUUAAUUAAUACACAUAUAUUUAUUUGUAUUAAAUGCUAAUAUGUGAUUAUGUGAACCAGGUAAAGAUUCAUUUGAACAUAUGAGAAAAUUUGCUACGUAUAUGGGAUUAUAGAAUUAAACAAGUUUUCUCUAUACAUUUUUUCUCUCACAUAACCAUAGAUUAAAUCUCUACUAUAUUUACUAUAUAUUUUUAUUAUAUUAAACUAUAUUCUACUUCUAUACAAGACAUUUAAAAAAUAAUGGUUCAAAUUAAUAAUAUACUAAAAAGAACUUGUUAAACUAAAAAAUUUUAAUGAAAACCUCCGCAAACUCAUAAGAAUAUAUAAUGGCAUAUAAUAUAUUCUACCAUGCGCAAUCCACCGUUUCCACGGUAUAAUUCCAUGGUGAAAAAAUAUUGCGUUACUAGUUCACGAAAAUGGCUAAUAUGCUGCAGCAUUUUUCUCGGUUUAGUAUAAUUUUACUCAACGUAUCGAUUUGAACCAUUAUUUUGCAAACAUCCUGUGCCUGUAACAUUUGUCACUACGAUUGUCUUUGCGUUUUCUACGGAGUUACGCAGAAAAGAAAUGAUCUCGACCGACUACCAAACCUCCAACGAUUCAUGCACGAGAAUCUGGGAGACGAUCGACUAAUAUAUCCAGAAUGCGGAAGGAAUGAAAAAUGAUUUUCUUUGCAAUAUGUUUUUCAAAGUGUACUCGAUGUGUAAUCUUUCAUCUAUCUGUCGAUGUGCAUGUCAAAUUUCUACUCCGCUUGCCAUAUCUUCUUUAUCAAUGUCGCUGGCUGGCUGAUCUUCUUCGUCGCGCAGCUUACUGCUCUCGUGUAACUGUCUGUCUGGCUGAAGAUCUUCGAAAAUUACCCUGUAACGGGUAAUUCGUUCCACAAUUAAUUCCGAACGGCGUAAAUCAAUAUCGAAACCUCUCUAAUACAAUUUCGAAGAAGAUGAAUCCAUCGUCAUGCGCUUCGUUCACAGAUGAUUUCUGAUAUAUUUUAUUUAUUCGCAAAAAUGAUGAAAAAUAUAUAAGGAUCUAAAAGUCUAUUGUAUAAAACAUACGAGAUAAACGACAACAAUUAAAAACUAUAACUGAAUUUUAUUUUAUUAAUUACUGUAUCAUUAAUUGUACUUUUAAUUCCGUUUUCGUAAAAUAUUGUGACACUGGUAUUAUUUAAAUAUAUAUUUACAUUUUAACAAUGAUAAUUAUUGUAAGUAUUUAUUUUAUUGUUAUAGAAUCAGAAUUACAACAGAAUACGAUGUAUCGUUAAUUUUGUAUGAUAUAACAUUUCUUUACAACUAGAUAUAAAAUUUAUUUAAAAAAUUUACGGUCAAUUUCUUAAUUUUAGGAUAUGAAUUAAUAUAAUCAAAGAAGAAAAUAUAUAUAUAAAUACACACACACACACAAAUAAAUACAUAUAUAUUUUGUUAUCAAAGUUAGAAAGAUAAAUGAACGACGAGGUUAUUUUCGAAGAUCCGGUCUCGGCCGAAAUUUACGCUCUUUCCUGUAAAUCGUCUUGCGUGUUUAAUCAUCCUGAUUAACUCUCAUAACUGCAAACAAAAAAUUUAGAUAUUUUUCAUUGCUGAGUUAAUAAAUUAAUAACAUAAGGUACUAUGAUAAAAAGUUCUUUUUUUUCGAAAAAAAAAAAAAAAAAAAACUUUUUCAAACUUACAACUUUUACAAAUUAACAUACAAAUAUUAUAUACAGAUAUUUUCUUCGUAUUUAAAUUAAUUUUUUGAUACUUUAUCUUUUUUAUUUCCAAAUUUUUCAUACCAUAAUACUUGAUUUAAUUUCUCGAGUUUCGUAGUUAUGAGUUUUUAAUUAGGACACUGACACCUUGGGUGCGAUAACACCGUUGCUAUACUCUUCGAACAUCCUCGCGAUGUACCCCGCCGUUCAGAUUAUAUCCAAAGCGAUGUUAUACUCGAAGUCAAUUACUCAAUAUAAAUCGAUUUACCGAAGAUAUAUGCAUACAUUUUCUCGUAUAAUUUUCAAUAUACAGUAUUUAUCCGUUGUAGGUGUGUAAGUCAAAUAUAAUCACAAAUUAAGAUCUGUACAGGAGGGAGCAUUAAUAUUUCCCGAUACAUCAAAAUUUUUUAAGCAUUUUGUAAAUGUGUAACAUAUAAAUACAAUUUUUUACGAUUACCUUAUCCUUUUCUUUUGUACAUAAUCGUCGGAAUUGAAAUAACAUUUAAGUACUUUCUAGAAAGAUUUCGAGAACAUGUGAAAAUGUUUAAAUUCAAUAAAUUAAACAACGAUUCAUUUAAUUAUAAUUGAUAAUUAUGAAAUUUAUCUAAUAAUGCACGUAUUGAUGAAUUCCAAUGUUAGCGACACUGGAUGUUAGUAGAGUUUCGAAUACCAUUGGAGUUAAUGCUCUCGCUUGCACACACAAAAAAUCUGGCGACACACUUAAAGGACCAGGAAUGUUCUGUGGAACAAACUUUAAUCUACAAUUAAACGCGGAUUAUAACUGAAAACAUUGACACCCGAUAAUUUUACUCCUCUAGCAAAAGGUAGAUAGGUUCGCCAUGACUGAAACGUUAUCCUGGUCUACUCAAUUGUAAAUGGCCAUUAAAUGCAGUAAUUAACAAUGACGUAAAAUAUUUUGCUUAAUCGCUUUCUCUCGUCUCACUUAUCGCGACUUAUCCUCCUGUAAUAGUAAUAAUCCCGCAUUAAUCUCUGUACUAAUCUCUCUAUUAUCUGCUGUUGCUCUAGAAAACUUUCGAUGUGUCUCUACGUAGCACGUUUAAAUAUAUGGGAAUCAAUGUUAAUAACAUAAGAAGCGAAUCUAUUUCUCUCUAUUUUUCUAAACUCAAUAUCUCCGUUAAUCAAUUUUGUAUUUUUUCUUUUGAUUGUAACCCAUAAUUUAUAAACGGGACAUGUGACAAAGUAACUUAUUCAUUUUCAGCGAAGAAAAUGACUAAUAAAAGUAUGAAAGUAUGAAAUCGGAUUGCAUAAUACUAAUUGAAGAAUGAUUUGGUGAAUUUAAAAAAAAAAUAAAGUUGUUAAAUGCUCUCCACGAUUUCUGAUUCCCAUAUUAGUUAAAAUGUUGUAUGUGAAAUGCAUGCGCUCUUCAUUGUGACGAUGUUGCUCCUGCUACGUGUCCAAAGGGCACGAAGGUUAAGCUGAGUGAAAUGCAUCGAUUAAUUAUCGUACUUGCGCUUACUUAUCUGAAUUUCAGAUUGAUGCAAAUGUAUCAAGUACACGUUAUUUGAGAAUGCUAAUUUCUCUCUACAGUCUUUUUUUUUCCUUUUGAUGUGGUUUGCUUUGUUACUUUAGACGUUAAUUUUGAUUUCAAAGAACUGCAUCUGAGGCAUAUCAUGCCGUUGUUGUAACAGUGCCGUUAUAAAUAAGCAGAAAAUUUUCUUUAUUGAAUUAACAUUUCAUAAUAUACAAAAAUAAAAUGUUACACAAUUAAAAUUAAUGAUCCAUAUAUUAGUAGAUGUUCAACCUACAAUUUUUUAAUACGCUAUUAAAUUCACGCCACGGCCACUAAUAACUUUAUACUGAUAUAUGCAAGUGACAAUAUCCGAACUUUUUACAUCAAGUGUUUGUGAGAUUUAACGAAUUUCGUGAAAUUGGUUGAUGCAUUCGCCAUCUUUCCUUCAAAGCAACAAAAAAAAACAAGAACUGUUUUCAUCUUCGAGAUACUAUUUUCGCUGUUUACAAAAAAAAAAACAAGGAAACUAAAAACCAAUUAUAUCGUUUGAUUCUUUUCCAAAAAUAAUGAAUUGAUGAACUUGUAAAAAAAAAAAAAGAAUAAAACCACAUAUACGUUUAUGCUAAAGCAAGAUUUCAAAAAUUCAAUAAGAAGAACAAAUACAAUUAAAUACACCGCCAUAGCUAGUUUCGGAAUGAUUGUCGAGAAAUGGAAUCUCGAAGACGAAGAUAUCUCGCUUGCAUCGAAACUUCGCUGUUCAAUGAAAAAAAAAAAAAAAAAAAAAUGAUGUGCUAUGUGCUCUUCCUCUCAAUUCCAUUGGAGAUGAGAUGCAAUACGAUGUAUUUUCUCUUAAUCGGAUAUUUAGCUCUCUCUCUGUAAUUUUUCCGUAGUGUCACUUACGAUGUAAUUACUUACGUGUAACGCGUAUAUAUGUUGCGUUGCACCCUACUUCUUUAUUCUAUACUUAAUCUAUGUAGUAAAAAUAGAAGAAAAUAUGAAGCAAAAUGUACUGGCAUGUAAAGCAAAAGAGCAUCGAGUAUUCGAUGUUGUCGCUGAUGCCGAUGUUACUGCUGACUAAUGUCGUGUGUCGUUGUUGUUUCUUAAUAAUCAACAUUAACCCUAAACAAUAUGAGAAACUCUUAUUUUGCGAUUUCUUAAGUUUAUCGCAAGCAAAUACUUAAUUAAUUGCACAAUUGCAAAAAUAUAUAAAUAUUACAAACAAUUCCUAUUAUCUUUUCUAUUAUCGUCACAUUAAUUAUAUUUUAUUAUUAAACAUUAAUAUGGUAUUUAUAAUUUAUAAUAGCUUUAUACUUAUCAUUACGAACGCAAUUAUUAUAUAUUUUCUCGUUGAUUUGCUUUUGUAAAAUAAAGAAGCUAAGAUAAAAGAUAUUUAUGAUGUAAGUUAAAGUGAAAUUUAUUUAAUUAAAUUAUAAACUAUAUUGUUUGGGGAUAAUAAUGCUCGUCGCCAUGUCGCUAAUAAGAAAAGUUCGUCGGAAAGUUUCUGCAACUCGAGGAAUUCUCCGUACGACAGCUUAAUGUACGAUUAACAGCGAAAAUGGAAGAACUUCUAUGAUUCCGAUGCAUAUGACACGUUAUGAUCUCUCUUCAUUUAUAUACUCCACAUUUUCAAUUGUAACUAUUAUUUAUGUCCCAUAUACUAUUGUAACUACUAUUAUGAAUUGAGAACGUAGAGACUAAGAAAAACGCUCAUAUUGAAAAAAAAAAAUUAGAAACCUAGAAAUCAUUACGUUAUAACAUACGUUGAAUCUUCAUUAUUUGUAAACAAUUUAGUCUUCAUUGACUUAAAGUUCAAUCUAGCCGUAUGAUUUUCAAUGUAUUAAUUUGUUUUGUCUCAGUUUAGAGCAUAGCUUUUUAAUAGUUUUCAAAUGUCUUCGCUUCAAAUUAGAACUGAACUCGAAUCUCUUGUAGACUUUUAUUAAACACAUUACUGUCACUAUUACUUUAAAGUCCUUCUAUUAUCUAUUCCUAAUACGAUUUUUAAUUCUUUACAUGUUUAAAGUAGUUCAUCAAUUUAACGCAAUUGUUAUUUUUGUUUGUUCUUUCAUUAUUUAAUCACUAGUUUAUAGCAUUUUUUUUUCUUUUUGAGGAAAAAGGCACGUAACUUUCUUUCACGGUGGUCAUUUGUGUCUCUGAAAUGCUCUCGGACUUGCUCAAAUCAUUUUUACGUUCGUCUCCUGUGCGUGCUGCGCAACGUGUCGCGCUUGCGACAAGUGCAUGACUUUUCAUACAUUAAAGAAUCUAACACUUUCGCUCCCUUCCCCUUCAGCCACCCUAAGCCAAUUUCGCGUGGCACGUGGCACGUGAUAUAUAUACACAUAUGUCAAAUGAAAGAAGAAACGCGCGAUAAUUUGUGUUUUGUAGAUUUUCACGUAAAGGGACGAUCCCGCUCUCGAAAUAAUAAAUGCGAGGAGCGCAUCCCGCGCCUCGCGGCGUGCCGAAUAUAUUUAAUCCAACACCGAUCGAUCUAUCGGCUGAUCUACCGUGAAGCGAAGUUAGUUUUUGUCUCACUUCGCGACUGUCGCACUUCCAGGGAACAUAUAAACGCAAAUUGAUUAUGUAGGCGUUGUACGAGAAAAUUUGGUUAACGAUGCGUUGUAUUUGGUACAAACAUUUGUUAGUAUCUGUGAGUAGCGUAGACUAUAGAAUAAUCUAAAUUACGGUUUAUACAAUAUAAUCAAGGUGGGCAAGUGAUAGAACGGAGCGGGCGUGUUCCUUUCUACGAAAGAAAGAAGAGGAAAAAGUGAAGAAUAUACAAUGCAGCCGCUGCUUUCUAUGCUUGCUAUUUACAUUACAUACAUGGUGAUAUUCUCGGAAUGAAAUUUUCUACAUUGUAUUUAGGCUAAAAUGCAAAUCGUGUUUAACUUCAGCAGUCAAGAAGUGUCGUUGAAGUCACGAAUUAACUCCUCUUCACCGAUCAUAGGCCACGAAACAUCUCGUUGAUCGCUUGAUUAAUUCCUCGAAACAAUUUUCUUCAAUGUUAAAUCGUUCAAAAGAAAAAAAAAAAAAGAAAAUAUUCGACUGUCAAUCUUGAAUUGACAACAGAACGAGUAAAUCUCAAAUGUGAUCGGUCGGUCUGAGAAAAUAAUAAAUAGGGAGGAACGGCAAAGAAAUUCGAAUAAGCCAUCCGUGUCGACGUUUCGUCACUAUAACGACUUUGUAGAUCAUAAAACCUCAAAAACCUCAAGAUUCUGUGAUCCAAUCUCAAUAUCGCGAGCUUUGUACUUUAAACUUCAAAUUAUCCUGAUCAAUGUUAGCCGGAUCGGAGAUAUUAAAUAAUUUAAUUGUUUUCUGCGCGAAAAGUGACAAGCUCUUGUGAACAAACUUCGAAUUUCAAUGUCUACAAGUUGUUUUUUUUUUCUUUUUUUUUUCUAAAUCGCAAAUUCAACUUCCGUUCCUCCAUCUCCUUCGUGCGACUAGUAUCGAUCCUGCUUGACUACUUGAUAAUCAAGAAAACUAUUGAGAGGAUAGGAAAACAGUAAUAAUUCCUAAGAAGGGAAUGACCUCGUUAAGCCCAAAUAGCGCCGAAAAUUUUGAGGAUCAAGGCGGCAGACAUUAUGUUCUUUCCAUGUACAUAAAAAUUUUUAGGGACAUUUCGACCUACAUCUUAACUCGUUAUCGUUUUUACAAUGAUGGUUUUAUCGUAAAACCGCAACCGAGAGCGAAUACGAUAAAAAGGGAAAAAAAAAAUUACAAUACGGGCGGGUUUCUCACUUCCUCGAGACGUUUAUAUUCAGGAAAAAGGAAAAGAGAGUUCCUAAAAUAUGUCCUUUAGAUUUUUAGACAGAGCACGCCUUAGACGAACUCCAAGAAUUGUCGAUGCUUAGAUACGUAGAUUCUGAUAGAUGACACUGAUUUUGCAGAUUAAUUUGUGAAUUCUUGGGUCUGUGGAUUCAUACACCUUUGAAAGUGUAGAUUGUUGAACUAUUAGAUAUUCGCGCCAUCCUAGGAUUCAUGUAGAUCCUCGAAUUCUUGGACUCGAGAAUUCCGCAGUUUUUAAACUCAGUUGUCUGAAAUUUUCUUUUUUUUUAUUUUUUUUUAUUUUUUUUUUAAUCGGACUAAGUUAAGUGUUGAUCCUGUAUCGAGGAAUGUUAUUCGCAAAAUGAUUACAUUCAAAUCGAUGGUUAAUAUACGAUCUCGAGGAACACCGGGAAAUUCGCGAAUACCGACUUGGCUAUUCAGAGACAACGACACAACGCAUUAAAAAGUAAUAAUGAUAACUUAACGUUAAUCGAUUACUAUUACGAUCGCUCACAUCGCGAGAAGUGAUGACGAUGAUGAUUACUGCGUACGGGUUGUCCUCGAAUUGCCGCGUUUCUUCGGAAAAUUCAUUCUGGAACAACAAGUGAGAACAAUAAUAGGUGUUCGAACAUCUCGUGAAUAUUCGAUAUAUUUCGAACUCACUCAACUCGGCGUGCACGAUCGCGUGGCCAUUUCUUAUUUGUAACUUAAAAGCUAUUUUUCCAGCACUCGAGCGAGAAUCGUUGCCUUUGAUUUACUUUCCGGAGCAUCCGCGGAGAAGAAACGCGUUAGUUCGAGGCUACCCGUGGUUAGAGAAGUUAGGCGUUAAGCAAGAUUAUUAAGACAUUAUUAAGAAGGAAGUUAAAAACCAUAUGUGGUUAAGUAGGUAGACUUUAGCUUUAUACACACGAGAGUGCUGAGGGACUAUUCAUGGAAAUGAGAGAGAGGGAGAAUGAGAGUGAGAAAGCGAGAGAAAGAGAGAGAGAGAACUUUGCCGAUUGUGAAUGAUUACGAAAGGAAGAGCGUUAAAAAGACUCCGCAUUUUCGACUGCCAUUCAAGUUAGCAAUGAUUCGUUAUACCAACAUGUCCGAGCGAACUUGUGCGAUGUUUGUGGCAAGGAGUUAUCGUUAUUAUCGCUGUCGUAAGAAUUAUAUACAAGGCGUUCAAAAUCAAUCGUGUUUCUUUCUUAAUUGCCGAUUCUUCGGCCAAUUUUGAAUCGAUUGAAUAUUGAAAAUUUAACGAGACGUUAUUUUAUUCACAGUCUUUUAAAUUUUUUAUGUAAGUCUAAGAAAUUGUCUAAAAAAAAAAGUAAAUAAAUGUUAUCUGAUAAUAAAAAAUUAGUUAAUAAAAAAGAUUAUAUUAGUACUUCGACAUUUUUAAUAAAGAAGAAAUCGAAUGAAUAUUAAUGACAGAAUAUGCGCGCAGAUUAAAGUGCCAUUGAUUGGAGAUCCUUUGUAUUGUCGAUUUUCAUAAUUGCUUUGGAAGUUUUACUUUUAAUUGUUACUAUAUGAACAAUCGCAUUUGUUAAUAUUGUCGCUUUUUCCAAGUGUGUAAUGUUAUUACAGUAGUUUUAUAAUAUUGUACAAAUAUUAAAAUUUUUAAUGUUAAUUAUUUGAGAUCUUUAGGUUUGUGUUUAAAUUACUUUAAAUUAAAAUUCGUCAGAUAUUUUAAUAUUUUAACGUGGAUGUUAUUGUACAUUCUAUUUUAUAGAAUUAUUAAUCUAUUGGAGCAUAAUAAAAAAAUUGGAAAAAUUUAUUUAAUAAGUAAAUUUAAUUUAGCAUAAGAGGAACGGAUAUUUUAAGAAUAAUGAUGAAAUAAUGAUGUAAAGCUUUUAACUUUAUUAAUUCUUCGUUUCUCAACUACCGAAGAUAAAGAGAUUUCAUUUCUUACGAGAAACACCUAAACCUGAAAUAAAAUUAAAAAGUAAAUUUAUGAUGAUCCAAUAGAUUGAAAUUGAUAUGAAAAUCUUUCGACAAUUUAAAUAGAAACUUCUGUCUGAUUUUACAUUACUGAUUGACAUAUUUGUUCUUGAUGAUAGCGUACGUUCGAUAUUGUUGCGGACCAGACUCUUCGUGAUUUCGUUAAAACCAAGAAGCAAUACUGUUGAUGCCUACAAUUACUAUUAUCGAACGAGUGCUUAAGUAAAUUGCGAUCAGUCCAAUCCUGGAACCUUAAUCUUACGUCACUAAAUUUGAUUGAUAUAAAACUGAACACUUCAUUGUCCAAUCCCGUUAUCGACAUAAUUCAAAAAAUUGUGAUUUAGUUAAUAAAUAUUUUAUCACGCAGUAAAUAUUAAAAUACAAAAAUUUUAAGAGUUAUAUUUGUUACUCUUUUUUUUUUAGAAAUAAUUAAGGUUCUAGGAUUAAUGACGAAAAAUUUGAAAACUCUCGUGACAACUUUUCGCAGAUCCGGAACAUCUUUAUAAGACAAAGUUAGACAUCUCAGAACGUAUCGUAAUAAGGAAAUUAGUUGGAAGGGGUAAAGACGAUGAAGGAGAGAUAAAAGAAUUAAGCUUGGAUCUUAAUUUACUCUAAUCUAAGAGAUCUAUGAUAGCUCACGCAGAUAAGUCUGAGCUUAUUUUUCUUUUAUCAGCAGAUAUCUGCGAAGAGAUGUCUUUAAAUUAAGACCGAUUUAGAAUAAAAUUGUUUGGGGAAUUUAGCAACACCGAAUGUAGAAUGUGAAAAGAAGUGAACGAGAAUCGCACGAAGCUUGCUCGGAAAAUGAAUGGAAGGUCGCGAAUGAUCUGAAGAUUGCCUGGACUCUUGAAACUCACGAACAAACUCUUCAAUUCAUAAAUUUCUGCUUUGCUGCAUUUAAGCAUCUUUGAAUUUUUCUUCUAUUUUUGUUUGUAAGUAGCAAUUACUAAUUUUGAUUACGAAAUCAAAUAUAUUCUAAGGAAUUUAUAUGAAUCUUGGCUACUGAGAUAAUUCAAAUUUUAAUUGAUCAAAAUUUUACAUUCUUAAUUUUCGAUACAUUGAAGAUUGUACUGAGAAACUAUAAAUAUUGAAUUUGUUUAUACUUUUCUUAAAACUUGUUCAAUUUUGCAUUUAUUUUAUCUGACAGUUAAAUUCGUAGACAUUUUCUUUUAUAAGUUGAGCACGUUAAAAAUGAUGAAAACAAAAAACGGCAGGAUACAUAUGCGCAUUAAUUUAUCAUUUAACAAUAUUUCAAUUGAAAAGCUGUCUUAGUAGUGAAAGUAAUAAAAUUAAAAUAAAUAAGAUACGUAUAAAAAGAAAUCUUAUUUUAAAAGAUAACUUCAAUUUGGCUAAAAAGAGUAAUAUUAGAAUCUUAAAAGAUGCUAAACGAAAUUAAUUGUCAGAUUAUUUGCUCCUUUUAUGAUUUGUUAAGCGUUUGAAUAAAUCUUUUGCUUUGUGGAAAGCUGAAAUUCUAGAAUCCUCGAAUCGGAGGACUAUUUUGCGGCAGACGAAAAAGAGAAGAGAACGCUGAAGAGAACAGGAAGCUCGCGUGAACAAAGGAAGCAAAGCAAAAAUGACGAUGUAUGGCGGAGGAAUAAAACCCUUGUAUAAAGUAGCAGUGCGUAGCGGCUAAUCUAAUCGAUAAAGGAAUGAAACAAACGAGUUUAUUGUUGAAUAUAAUAAUGUAUUAUGUAACAUUAACAAAGUAAAAAAAAAAGAAAAGAGGCGAAUGAUGAUAAUAUUAUAUUGUUGUUAGAUAUAUAUAUUAUAUAUAUUAUAUAAAAAAGAACCUUAGAAAUUAAGUGACCACCUAACAUUCACCCACACAAGUAUACACUCUCGCAGGAUAUACAGGGUGUCUCGACGAAAAUGUAUUCCAGUAGAGGAGACGCUUACUGCUCGAGUAAAAAUUUGUGUUUGUUUUUUUCUAGCGAUGACUUAAUCCGAGAUAUUUGUUGAAAAUUAAUAAAAAGCAAAAAUAACCAAGUAUCUUACUUUUUUAUCGAUCACACCAAAUACUUCCUUCACUCUAUUUUAAAAACUCUUUUUUCAAGAAACUGUUCUUUUUUUAAUUUUUUAAUAGACCGUUGAAAAGAGAGUUCCGAGAAAAUUGAAACGUAUAGCAUUUCAUUUAACAUUUAACAUUUGUGACAAUUUUUUAAUUAUUAAUUACGUAACUAGAACCCUAUUUACUUGUUAGACUUUUAUUUGCGCUUUUUCUUACCGCCGUUUUACUUAAUCCGUCGUAAGCGCUGCUUUGUCUUUAUAAAAUUAUUAAUUAUUGCAUUAAUAUUCGCGAGUUUAAAAGAAUUUGCAUUCUCAAAGUUUCAGAUUCGAAUAAGCGAAGGUAACGAUUUGUCAAAAUUGUAAAUAAUAACGUGUAAGUUAGACUAAAUUGACACAGAUAUAUUGCGCGAACUUAUAAGAAGCUCAUCAAAACAUAACACGUUUUGCUGUGUGUGCGCAUUAUUGAUUCUGUUUACGUAAUGAAAUUUCAGUUUCGAAACAGGUGCUAAGCAAUUUUCAUUGUGACACGAUUUCAGAACCGUUUACGCGAUGUUAGUGAAUGGAAUCUCAGUACGCGUGAAAAAGUCUUUCAGAUUACUGUGUCGAUUCUUUACGCGCGUACGUUAACAUUUUCACGCGUCGAUCUACAUUUCUGUACAAUUUUUUAUAUUGUCAGAAUUAAAUAUACGUAUUCUUCUUUGUAAUUAUAUCGUAAGGCUUUUUCAUGUACAAUAUGUACAUAUAAGGUCUACAACAUUUUCAGUUUACUUUGAAUUUAUAAAAUGAAAUAAAGAGUGAGAAUUGAGUGUAAAAACCAGACGGAAGAAACAUUCCCGGAAAAAUGAAAUGUCAUCGACAAUGUGUUUGCUUGCUUUUGCAAGUAAUCUCUUUUGUCGCGAACUGCCUCGCGGAAAAUCUGAUACUUAAUGUAAACUUCAAGAAACCGAUUGCGGUAACAGAUCACGCAUUUCUCAGUUUCGCUCUGGAUCCAGCAACGUUGCAGGACAAUGAUUUUAUUAAAAACAUCGAGAGAAGCACAAAUUUGGCACGAGGCUUGGUACCUGCUUACAUUCGCCUUGGAGGACCUCAAAGCAAUUUUUACAACUUCGAACAAGUAUAUUCGCACGAGAUUGAUAUGGAUCCAAAUGACAUGCAUUUUGGGAAACAAUGGACACUUAUGUAUCAAUGGGCAAAGAACGCCGGAUUAGAUGUAGUCGCAUGCAUCACUCCUCACUACAUUGGCAACGAAUUGAAUUCCAGCGAUCCCAAGAACAUAGCAGAACUUCUCUCUUUCAGCGAUCGAAUGGGUUACAACGUCAGCUGGCAAUUGGGCUAUGAAUGCCAAACGAGAUGCGACUUAUCUGGCAGAGAACUGGGACAAUACGUCGCCAACUUGCGCGAAAUGCUGAAAACUUUCCCAAGAUAUGCCAAUAGCUUAAUCACGGGACCAGAUAUUGUGGCAUACAGAACGGCGCAACAACAGAAGUAUCUUCAAGAUUAUUUGCAUUCGGCAAAUACUGCGCUUUCUGCAAUUACAUGGCACCCCAAUCUGGAUAACGUUUCUCUAAACAACGACAACAUUUCUAUACAUUAUGAUAACAUGAUUGCUGAAAAAGACGAGCUGUACAAAAUUAUCGAUAGCGCGGCAGGAAAAACACCGCUGUGGAUUGUCGAAUCAAAACCACAAGAGAGCAAAUACCAAUAUCUAAGAGCACUUAUCUGGACGAAAAGACUUGGGGAUGCUGCCAAGCUCGGUGUACAAGUUGUAAUGAGACAAUUGUUGGACUUAACCCAAGCCACUCCUGUUUAUUGGGUAUCGUUAUUGCACAAGACUUUAGUGGACCGUAAAGUCUUGGAAAUAAAACUUCAAUCUGACAACGAAAAUCACGUGUAUUUUUACAGUCAGUGCGCGAAACCCUCAAUGCUAUACAGUAACGGAGCUAUUACGAUUUUCGGCAUAAACCUGACACCGAAGAAAGUGACUGCUAGUUUAAAAGAUCUCAAAAUCAAAAUUCUUCAUCAGUAUAUUUUAUCACCAGAUUUUGAGACAGACAAUAAAAUGUUUUCAGAGAAAGUUCUAUUGAAUAAUAAAACACUUAAUUUAAUAAACGAUACAAAAUUGCCUGAAAUAAAUCCAGAAAUUAUCAUCAAUUCUGAUGGCCUUGAAUUAGAACUCCCUUCUGAUGGCAUAGGUUUCUGGGUUAUACCUAAUGCAAAGGUAGAAGCUUGCAUCUCUUCUGAAGAAGAAAUAAUUAAGAACAGUGCAGUGAAGAAAUUAUCGAAACGACAUGAAGGUGUCAUCCAACAAGACAAUCAAGAACAUGAAGAAAAAGAUGUAAAUGUAGAAGAUGAUGUAAAAGAAAAUAAAAGUCAGUCAAAUUUAAAAAUUCGAAAGAUUUAUAGAAAACGGGAUCAAAAGAAACAGAAAAGCGUGGAAAACACUCAAACUGAAAGUCAGGAGGAAGUCUGGAAGCCUAAAUUACUUGAAAGAAUAAAAAAACUUGUACAAAAUAAAUUACAAAAGAAGAAUAAAAAUAAACUUCCAAAUUUGCAGAGAUCAUUCUCGGUCUAUUUGGGAGAAGAACAAGAAAAUUCAACUGAAGAAGUAGAAGAACAAAAUUUAAAUAAAAAAGUAACGGAAGACGAUCCGUUUAAAAACAUUCAAGAUACUGUGAAAAAGUUUAAGUACAUUCUGCUGAAAAAGAAAGCUAAAAUGGAAAUCAAAAGUACUGAAGAUCAUCAAUCAGAAGUACAAAACAUUGACAAUAUUCUAGCGUUAAUAUCAAAGAUUGAUGCCCUUCUUCUUAAUAAAGAUACUUCAAACGAGCCAAUUAUGAACGAAGUCAAAGACAAAGUAAAGAAUGGAGAUAAAUCAAUAAUUAAAAUAAAUAAUAAAUUAAACGAAUAUUCCAUUGAAUUAGAAAACUCUGAAAUAAAGGCAAAUAUAAUUAAAAAAAUAGAAAAAUACUACAAUACGCUUUAUAAUUUGUUAGAAGACAAUAACUCAAAAAAGAAUAGUCAGGUUAAUAUCAACGACGAUUUAAUGGAGAAAAAAAGAUUUAAAAGACAUUUGGACAGAAACUUGAAAGAUUCUAAAAAAAUCACAAUAUUAAAAAAGCGUUCACAAAUAAAUGACUUAAAGAAUUGUGUGAAAAAGAAAAUAAAACAGAAAAAAGAUGAUUUGAAGAAAGGUCGAGGGAAAUUAAUUUCAUCCUAUUAUUCCGGUAAUUCACAAAAAAUUUUUAAUGAUAAUAAGAAUAAAUAUAAUAAUUUGUCUCAAAGAGACCCUGUUAAAAGAUUAUUCAAAAGCAAUGCGUUUGAAAAUGCUGCUCGUCAUAUUGAUCGUCAAAAUUUAAUUCAAGAUCGCAACAGAAUAGAAAACGAUGUCUACAAAAAUACACAAUAUAGUAAAAAAUCAAUGUUAGACCAUCCAAAGCACUCUAAAAUUAGCAUCACGGAUAAAUAUCAAAGUUUGAUAGAGCCUGGAAGAAUGAAACGAGAUAUUAACAAAAAAUUCGUCGACAUAGGAGGGCAUCUGAAGAGAGAGAGCUCUUUCAGAAAACGUUCAAGAGACUUGAAAAAUUAUCUAAAUGAAAGAAAGACAAGACAAAAAGACGAUAGCAAGAAGGAAGGAUUUGUAGUUCCAUUCAAUCCAAAAACUACUGAUAGCGACGAAAACAAUUUUUAUGGCUUCUUUCGGCAAGAUCCUGUCAAAGGAUUUCCCGAGGGUGAUAUUUUUGUGACCACGGGAGAUUCGUUGGAGCAAAAAGAAAAAGAUUACGAUUACGUUGAAGAUGAAGACGAUAGUGAUAAUAUUGCGAAGAAGAAGAAUACGCAACACAGUCAAAAAUCGACCUUAGACUAUACAAGAGAUAAUACUUGGAUCGAGGAGGUUGAAGAUCAGUCCAAACAUAAGCCAAAUGAAUUUUUUGAGAACAUCAAGUUAUCUAAUACAAUAAAGGAAAACUUUAAAAAUUAUGACGAUCUAUGGGAGGCAGAAUUUUCUGAACAACAUGAUAAUAACAACAACAAUAAUAAUAAUAACGAAUUUACUGUUGCAGCUUCAAAGCCUUUUGAUCAACUUCCCAAAAUACCAAUUUCUAGUAUCAAUCAUCAAGCGUCAAAUGCAGGAUUUAAAGAAACGAACUUAAAGAUGGAACCAGAAUUAAAACCUUCGAAUUCCUUUUAUCUACCUUCUCAAGAUUCUACUACGAAAGAUAAUUACGAUAAUUAUCAAAUUUCAAGUAUAAAUUACGACAAAUUAAAAGAAGAAAACAGUUAUGUUAUGAGCAUAAAGAAUAGAGAUCAUAUUAAUGCAAAAAGUACUCAAUAUUCUAAACCUACUAGUGUAUAUACAGAACAUUCUAUUCGUGAUGAACUUUUUCAUAACAAAAGAAAUAAAAGAAGCAAUUGGGAAAACCUUCGAAAGAUUUUUGCUGAAGAAAUGAUUAAGGAGGACGAAGAAAACGCGAGAGAUUGCCACUGCAGAGUCAUCCGAGCUACGGAUUCGCCGAAGAAGCUCCACCAACGUCGCGUAAAAUAUAAUUCAGUACCUACAGCCCAAAUUACAGAUACUUCUUCAGAAAAUAAAAGCGUGAGUGCGGACGUUAAAGAAUACGAAGAAAUUAUAGAAGGGGAAAUACUUCCAAAUGCAAUCAUUAUUGAUAAUGAAGAAAAUGAUACAAGUAUGGAAUCCGUAAUCACAGAAUUAAAUGUAAUAGAUCAUAAAUUAAGCGAUACGACGCAGGCGACUAAUCGAUCACCACUGGAUUCAACUUCAGAAGCUUCUCUAAACGACAAUAACAGUGUCAAAACGUUUUUUCGUGGCCAAUCAUCAGACGUCGAAUCAGAAAACAAGACAAAGACGUAUGAUUCUUCCCAAGUUAUUUCUACGAUUUCUUCAGAAGAUAAGAACGAUCAGAAAGAUCUUAUUUUCUCUAUUGCUAGGAAAACCCUGGAAACGACCAAUGAAAAUGUACGAGAUCCCACCAUCGAAAAAAAGAAAACUGAUAGCACAACCUAUCCAACAACCACCGAAGAUCAGAAAAACAAGAAAGGGCACAACAAUGAUUAUAAAAUUGAACUGAAAUCAACCAACUCCCUCAAAGAAACAACAGAAGCAAUAGCCGAGCAAGCGACGACGGAAACAAUUUUGUUACAGCAGGCAGAAAGUACAACGAUCGAUAAUUCCAAGUUGGACGAAUCGAAAACAAAGUCAAAGUUACGAAACAUAGAAGACAAUCAGACUAAUAAAUCGAAAGCUCGGAUGCAGUUGGAAAAAGAUGCUAAUGCGAGAAAAAUAAAGAUCAUAUCGCAAAACCUUCCUCGAGCAUCGUUAGAAAGACUCAUCAAAUAUGAGGGACGCUUGUUGAGACGCGCAGAACAGAUCGAUAAAUUGAAAGAAAAAUUAUAUGCAAGACGAAAGGAAUUGUUGCAUCAGUAUCAAAAUGAACUAAUGACAAUCGGUGACGAACAGAAAAGAAAUUUGAGGAAAAGAGAAGCAUGGGAAAGACUUCAUAAAAGCGAUGAUUAUUAUCAACUGAUCAAUGAGGAAGAGUUUAUUAGAAUUUUAUUGAAUAAUGAUAUUACCUACGAGGAAGACAAUAAAAGUUACUUAAUUCCUAUAAAGCUUGCUCCUAAACAAUCUGAUGAAAAAAUCACUAAUGAUGAUACGAAAACAGAAGAACUUGGAAAAGAAAUCACAUUGGCUCGAAGGGAUGUUAGAAAACAAACAGGCGAACGUUUAAAGCAAUUACCAUAUAAUUGUCGACUAUCUGAAGACGUGAGAAAUAAAUUAGAUAGUAUGGACAUCCGUUUAAAUAAAAACUUUUUGAAAAAGAUAUUUACCAAAGAUCCAGAAACAAUUAUUCUGUUGCCAAAAAUCAAAUCACCAAGCGCUGAUCUGUUCCGAAAAUCAAAAAAUUACUUAGUUUCUUCAAGAAAAGAUUUUGAAGUUAGCGAAGAGAAUGAACAAGAACAUGAAGCAAAUUAUAUCGCUCUUUUGCCAAUUAAAAUUAAGAAUAUUUACAAGAUGUUAGAUGUGAAGGAUAAUGACGAUUCGUUGGAAAGUUCUGAGAUUCCAGCACGAUGGGGUGCCCAGUAUGUAUUGGGAAAAAUGCCAGGCUCAACAAAUAAAUAUUUCGGUGACGAAACAUUAGAGGAAUUUGAGUAUGAAGAUCUUUCAACUCUGCUAAGUCUAGAUGACGAAACAUUGGAAGAUUUUGAAUAUGAAGAGCUUUCAACGCUGUCAAGUGAGAAUAAUGAAAGUAUUCCAGAUGAAGAGAGUUCAUACGAAAAUGAGCAAGAUAUUUCUGUAGAAGACAGCGAAGUCGAAUCAAAGAAAGAUGAACAAUACAAAAUUACAAACGAUAAAUCCGAUAAUAAAAGUGGAAUUUUUGUAUUACUUCCUUCGAAAAACGUGAAAGAAAGGCAGCGAAGACAAAUAAAAAAUGAAAUCGAUGAAGGCACAGGUGAAACGAGACGCGAGGUUACAAGGCAAUCAGAACCAAACAAAUUUAUUCUGGCUGAAGAUCUCGAAAACAAACGUAAUAAGAGAUAUUAUUUAAAUAACGUUAUUAAUAAAGAAGAAGAAAAUAUGAUAAAAACGAAUGAUAUAAGAAUAAACUCUUUACAACCUCGAAUAAACAAAAAAAAUCGAGACAAUCUUCUUGAAGAUUUCAUAAAAGCACAGAAAAAGAAUAAUUUGUAUAAUAAUGAAGCUUUAUCUGUAAAAAACGAAGAAAAAAAUGAAAGUACGCCAUUAAAUAAUGUCUCAAAGAGUGAUGAACAAUUAUUGCAAGAAGCAACCCCAAAAUUGCAAAAUUACGUGGAAUCCCUGGAAAACUCUUCUAUCAACGAUUCCGAAGAGAAUUUCAACAGCACUUUAGCGACAAACAAAGACAAACAUCAUAACAAUAGGAUUUCCGAAAAUAAUGUUUUCUACACUGCAAUUAUGAAUAUAAAUAAUUUUUUUACGUUUUUUUCAAAACUUUUUGGUGUCACUGAUGUUCGUAGAAUUGCGAAUGACGAAUACUACAGGAGCACGAGAACAGUGAUCAAUAUGUAUGAGAAAAUUAUUUUGUGCCUUUUGAUUGUAUUUGUGAUUACUCGUUCGGAGGAAGUUUCUACUGCUAAAAACGUUGAAAAUGCAGAUUUCACAAAUUCAAAAUUAUCAACAGAUUUUCUUCCAUCCAUACAUAAUGACGAACCUGUUAUAAAAGAUAACCCGAAGAGAUCGGUCAUUUUAUUAAUGCCACUAUCACAAAAACAAAAUGAACAUGAAGAGUCAAAGGAAAUAGUCAAAAAAAUAAAGCGUUGCGAUACACAACAUCGAAAAAAUAAAUCUAUGUUAUUAUCGACAAAGAAGGAUAGUAAGAGAGCAAAAACUGCUGAUAAAAAUAUCAACGUGGCAAUCUCCAAGCAAAAUUCAGAUGAUCAUAUUGUAAAAAACGCAAAAUAUUUGCAGGAAAACUCAGCAACAUCAAAAAGAAUGGUAGAUGAUACGGAUGAGAAUAAAAUGCUUCUGCGAGCUCUCAAAGAUAAUCUAAAUGUGGAGGAUGUAAUUGUAAAUUUGAAGUCUCAAGAAAAAACAAAGAAAUGUAAUACAGAAAAAUACAUUUGCCAUUGCGAAGAAGAUAAUUCCUCUUCUAGCUCGUCAAAAAAAAGUUCUUCAGGAAUGUUAAGUUCUUCUAGAGCAGACAAACCCAAAAGAACAAAUCAUCGAAGAUUAAAAUACAAAAACGCGAAAUCAAAUAUCUUAAAACAAAAAUCGCCAAAAUUAUACUACGAAAAUUAUCCUCACGAAUUGCCCCUUCCUGAUCUAAUCGAUUAUUUCCCGGUACAACCUUACGAAGAAAAUCUGAACCAUAUCCCGCCUGUACCAAUUCUAUACGGGGUAGCGCCAAAUAUUUUGCCUCACAUAGUUGGAAAUGAAGAGGUGCCAUUUACUUCAUUUGAGGACACACCAAGUUAUUUAGUGGGAAGUAAUCAAUAUCAACCGAUCGUUGAUCAAAAACCGUAUCUUUGUUCACCUACAGCCGGAAAACAUCAAAUUGAAAGUUCCAGGUUAGUUACUUCACCUUCGACGAACUAUGAUGAUACCACAACCACAAAUCUUGAGUCGGACAAUCUGAUCGGUAUCAUCGAAGAUCAAGAAUAUUCUUCUAAGUUAACUACAGAAACUCCGACUUUAGAUGCACCAGAAACAGAAACUAAUUUACAUUUGAAUUAUCCAAUUAAUGUAAUUGAAGAAAGUAACACUAUAAGUCCUUCUAAUUUAGAUAAAGUUGCGCAUAAAUCGGAGGAUUCUUCAGAGCAAACCGAAAGUAAUCCAGAUAAUAAUUUAUCAGAUUAUGUUGACAUAAGCAGCACGCCAUCCUUUGUCUACGAUGAAACAAUUGAUGGAAAAUUUAUAAGCAUGAAAGAAUGUAUACAGUUGUUUGGUCGUGAUGUGUGCGUACUCAGUGCGAUGUCUCCAAGAAAGCUUGUCAAACUAACGCAAGAAAAUAAUCCUGAGAAAUUUCCUAUUAGAAUUCCGGAAUAUGUCACACAAAUGUCCGCUAGAAAAGAAACAACGUUAAACAGCUUGAGUAAUUCGGAUAAAUCCAAAACAACUGACCCGUACUAUGCAUCGGAGCCAUCUACCAGUGGAAUCAAUAAAUCAAAUGUCGAUGCCAAUAAAACUUCUUUACGUGAAUCUCAUCAAUAUCCAGAAUCUAUCGAACAAAUUUCUAAGUCAAAUGACAACUACGAAGAUAAAUCAUUUAGUACUGUAAACAGUGCACCUACAAUCAAGGAAUUAAUGGAUCCAAUAAUUGAUGAGCCUGCGCAAAUAGAAAAAAAUAAAUUAUUAGGAAAGAGUAAAAGUCAUACGACUAAAUUAAUGUUAAAUUCAAAUGAGGAGGAGAUAGUAGAUCAAACUUCUACUGAAACAUAUCUUUAUUCUACUCCUUCAUAUGAAUCUAGCAAGGAUGAAAAAGUAAACAAUUUCAAAAUUAAUCAACAGACUCAGGUAACAAAUACAAAUUCCAGUUCAAAUAAUUAUAAGGAAGAGACAACAGUUACUAAUUUCAAUUCUACAACCGAUUAUAAAGAGGAAACAGAGAAAGAAAUAGUAGGAAUAGAAGCUAGAACCCAUCCGGAAGAGAUUCCUCAAGAACAAUCUACGACGAUGCAAUAUUUCGACAAUAAAAAAUCAAGUAAUUUAAACAAUAAAGGAGUUACCGCCAACAAUCUCGAAACGAUUACCGAUUCAUCAACAAAUAGGUUACCAUUUUGUGAUAAUACCUUGCUUUUAAAUUCUAUUAGAAAGGUCAUCAAUGACUUUGCAUUGGAUGGUCGUUUAACCAAGACAAAUGAUUAUGAUGAAAAUAUUCUUCAAUCGCAAGGUAAAAAUUUACUGCCAGAAAUUCUGCAAGUCCCACAUCUGAAGAACAUUUUAUCGUUACCGCGAAUAGAGAGCACAAUUGUAGAAAAGGUGAAAGACAUCUUGUCCCACGUCACAGGCAUUCCCAGAAAAGAUUUCACAAACGAUUGGUCGCACGGUGUGAUCAAAAACACUUUACAUAGCAUGUCGAAUGCUCUUUCUGGUUUUCAUCACGAGCUUCCACCGAUGACACUCAAUGAGCAUCAAUUCCAAGACGGAGAAUGGAAGACCAGUUUAGUGACCUUAGCACCCGUUCUAGAUCAAAAGGUGUCGUCAGCUACACCGAAACACUUGCAGGAAAGCAUCAAGGAUCUUCUGAGCUCUUCAGCAAUCGCGUCGCAAGUAAACCAGCACAUUGUGCGGAAUAUGAUUGUGCAAAGCGUGAAAAAUAGUUUAACCAACAACGAAGAUGACGAAAUAGACGAUGCGAUAAUUCAUGCGCUAAACGGUGUUCUCCAGACAUUAAAGGAUUCAGAAGAUACUGAUGCGUUAGAAACAAAUAAUAAAGUUAUUAAUAAUGAAGAUGAUACAAACGUGGUAGGGCAAAAAAUGCCAACCAGUAAUAAUGAAAUGGGAAUAAAUAUUGAGAAUUCAUCAUUGAAUGAUAAACAGAAUUUUGAUGUAAAACAAGAUACAAAAAUAGACGAUAAAAAAUUGCAAACCGUAGAUUACCAGAAAGCUAAGACAUUAGAAAAUAACGCAAAUAUAUUGACUACUUCUGAAUUUCCAUAUUUACAGUUACACGAAGAAAAAGAAAAAGGAAUAACAAAUAAAGAUAAAACAGAAGAAGAUAUUAAUGAUCAAAUCUUUAACAAAAUUAAGAAGACAGACGCAGAAGAUGCAGAAAAGAAAACAGCUGAACCACUGGACUCCAAAAUAACUUAUCACAAAGCUAUUUUGAAAAGUAAUCCUGGCGUAUUAACUUUUGAAUCAAAUUCAACAGGAACUGAAGAAAACACAAAAAAUCAUUACGUCGACGAAAAUGUUCAAGAUACAACAACAAUCACGAAUCUUAUGCAAGAAACUUCUCCCAAUUACGCACAAGUGUCGAAUGGCAUAAUUUUAGAAAAUACAGUAGGAGCUAAGGACAUAAGAGAAAAAGUAAAACAAAAAGAUGAAAAAACAUUGAUUACUUCAACUGAUGAGAUUGAUCCACUAAUAAUAUUGGAAAGAAUUAAAUUUAAUCUGCCACCAACUAAGUAUUACUCGCCAGAGAUUUUAAAAUACGCAACCAAUAGUAUUGAUGAUAAUGUUGGAAUUACGACAGCACCCAGAAAUUAUGUACAAGAAACUUCAUCUAAUUAUGCACGAGUGUCGGAUGGCACGAUUUUACAGAAUGUAGCAGAGACUAAAAAUAACGGAGACGAAAUGGAAUAUCCAUUAACAACUACGUUUGAAAAUUUAAUUUCCUCUACAAAUGUAGAAAAUACAGAUUACAAACCCGAAAUUAUUUCUUUAACAAAUAAAAAUAUUUUAGAGCCGCAACAGCAGAAUUUUGCCGAAGAUAACAUCAUUAAAAUCCACGAAGUUACUACGGAGGUUCAACGAACGUACGCAAAAACUACGUACUUCAAGGCAGGAUCUUCCAGCGAUAGCCCGAGAAUUAGUUCGCCCUCAAUAACUUAUGAAACCGCAGACAUAGGUGUAAAUAAUAACGAUAACGAAAACAGUAAUAGCAACAGCGAUAAUGAUAAUAACAAUCUAUUUGGUAACAAAAUGAAUAAUCCUACUGGGAAAGGGAAAGAGGUGAUUGUUUCAUCUUCCAAAUCAUCUGCCACAAAUGUAUAUUCUCCCCAGCUAUUUCCUUCAUCAACGGCUUCCGAUGAUAUCUCGAAACUUCAGAAAUCGCAACUUUAUUACGUCAGUGACGGCAUGAAACUACCGCUGGAGAUAAAAAAAUUGAAAGAUGGUUCUUACGCAUUGUCGAUUUCAAAAAAUAUAUGCGAGCAGCUUCUAACAAGAAAAUGUCCUUGCUGCGUACCGCUACAAGGACGUAUAAUUCAAUCAUUAAAAAAUUAUCAAGAAGAAGAUACGCAUGCGAUGACUUCAACAACUAUGGAAAAGAAAGAUCAAGAAAAUAUGUAUGAAAAUAACAUUAAAAAAGAUUAUCAAUCUGCUCAACCAUUUAAUACAAUGAUUAUGAGAAGAAGCGCCUUGGGAAAGUUAAAAGAAGAAGAAGAAGAAAAACAGAAGACGGACGAGCAUCAUUUAUGGAAACAAAAUGAUGAUAAUUUAGCAAUGAUUUCGAUGUCCGUUAUUGAUUUCGCAAAAAAAUAUAAUCUAUUACUUAAUUUCAAUGAAGAAGACCUAUUAUUUAAUAAAGAUAAAUUGCAAAACAAAAUACAAAAUUAUAACGAGUCAUUAAUGAAAUCAGUGAAGGGACUUGAACACGAUCAAACAGAAGAAAAGAAUUUUAAUAAUUAUCAACCAAUAGAUCAAGAAUUAAAAUUACAUGAAAUUGAAACUGCAAAUGAUGUUCAAAAUAGAAACAUUGUACAGAAGAUAAAUCCUGAAAAUCAGAAGAAGAUAAACUCAGUUUUUCAAAGAAUUAAUAUUUCUGAAGCAUCCAAAAUAGGCGAAGAAGAAUUAAAAUCGAAUAAAUUAUCAAAUAUUGUAAAAGAUAAUACUAGAGUUCUUUACAAAAAGGAAAAUAAGGAGCCUGAAUCAGCAGAAUCAAUUAAUGAUGAAUUUGAUGUUACAGAAAUUAAAAAUUUUAAAGAAAAUAUUGGAAAAUCAAACAGAUAUCAACGAAAUACAAAUGAUCUUACAAAUAAAAGAACGGAAUUAAUAAAAUCUAUGCUUCAUUGGUUUAAAGGUUUUUUCGUAGAUAAAUAAAUAGUAAACAAUGACUUUUAAUAUAUAGUAUUUAUAAUACUUUAUUCACAUUAAAACAUUGUAUAUAUAAUAAUAUUUAAUAAUUGUUAUAAAUUGUAUAAUUUUCAACUGCAGUUUUUGAUUGCUAUAAUUGUCAAUAAUUAAAAUAAUCGAUGUAUUAUUAAAUAUUGUUAAUUAAAUAAAGUCUAAUAAUUU